GCUCACAGACACAUGGCAAAAUUCCACACCCCCAGCAACUCCAGCACCAUCACUGGCUUCAUCCUCUUGGGCUUUACCUGCCCCAGGGAGGGGCAGAUCCUCCUCUUUGUGCUCUUCUCUGCUGUCUACCUCCUCACCCUCAUGGGCAAUGCUUCCAUCAUCUGUGCUGUGCGCUGGGAUCAGAGACUACACACACCCAUGUACAUCCUGCUGGCCAACUUCUCCUUCCUGGAGAUCUGGUAUGUCACCUCCACAGUCCCCAACAUGUUGGCCAACUUCCUUUCUGACACCAAGGUCAUCUCCUUCUCUGGCUGCUUCCUCCAGUUCUAUUUCUUCUUUUCCUUGGGUUCCACAGAAUGCUUCUUCCUGGCAGUUAUGGCAUUUGAUCGCUACCUUGCCAUCUGCAGGCCUCUGUACUACCCUUCCAUUAUGACUCGACAUUUCUGCACCAAUCUCAUAGUUAGCUGCUGGGUGCUUGGUUUCCUCUGGUUCCCAGUCCCCAUCAUCAUCAUUUCACAGAUGUCCUUCUGUGGCCCCAGGAUAAUUGAUCAUUUCCUGUGUGACCCAGGCCCUUUGUUAGCCCUCACUUGCACAAAAGCUCCUGUGAUAGAGCUUGUUAUAUCCAUCUUAAAUUCCCCUACACUGGUUAUUCUCUUACUUUUCAUCAUGGGGUCUUAUGCUCUGGUCCUAAAAGCUGUACUGAAGGUCCCUUCAGCAACUGGGAAAAGAAAGGCUUUUAACACCUGUGGGUCUCACCUGGUUGUGGUUUCACUAUUUUAUGGCUCAGUAUUAGUCAUGUAUGGGAGCUCAACAUCGGAUCACGCAGCUGAGGUGCAGAAGAUUGUGACCCUCUUUUAUUCUGUUUUGACCCCUCUCCUUAACCCUGUGAUAUACAGUCUUAGGAACCAAGAUAUGAAAAAAGGCCUGCAGAAAUUUUGGGGAACAUAA